AUGUCAUCAUUUUAGAAGGAUAAACUUCAAAUGAUACAAAGAAUGAAGAGAGCUAAAUCUUAGGCUAAGUUGUAACAGUGUGAAACUUCCCAGUAAAGUCCAACUGCUACAAUACGUUUAAAUGAGAUAAGGCAAAUAAGCUAGGAACGUGACAUGAGUUCAGAUAGAAAUCCAAAAAGCAGAAAUAAUUAAUUAACUGUCCUAUCAGAUAGGGCCAGAAUUUUUACAAAAAUUUAAAGGCCAUCGGUAGAGAAAACACCUAAACUACAUGCUCCUUAGAGAUUCAAAUCUAUCAAUAAAUCAGCCUAAAUUCUAACUGAAUAGAGAUCACUACCAUAGAUGAAAACAGUGGAGCAGUAGAUAUCUCCUAAGCAGAUUCAUCAAUACUACUAAAAGAUAAAAGCAAGUCCAAAGCCAACUCCAUUGAGAGAAGCAAAAUAUGUUACUCCCUAAUUACGUUUGGAAAGAAAAGAAUCUUCUAUAAAUACAGAGCCUAAAAUUACCACUAUUUUCAAUUCAAGAUCAGUGUCGAACGUUGAGGAUCCCUCAAUUAAUAGAGAUUCAUUAUCACCUAGCAAACUCAGAGUGUAAUUACCCACAUUGGUAUACAAUUAAUCUCCUGAGAUUGUCACACUAAAAAAUAAGAAGCCAUAUCUCUAAUUUGACUAUAUCGAAAAGCUUUAAAACUUCAUCUUUUACGAUAGAUAUAGAUUUUAGAUAGGAAGUGAAGCGAUUAAUGAUUCUAGCAUCAAUAGGCAAAUGUAGAAACUUCGAAAAUCAGAUGACAUUAUAUAUUUGAACUAUUAGAGGCAUUACUAUUAAGGUUAGAUUCUGAUACUUACAAAAGAUAAAAGAUUUUAUAUUUACGAUUUGGCUUAAUAGCAUUUACAGGAUAUCUCUUCAAGAAUGCCUAAACUACUUAUGGAUAAAAUUGUCUUACCUAAAAUCAAAAGUGGGUUUUCAAAUAAGAUUUCUUAAGGCAAACCAAAAUUCGAAUUGCUCAAUAAUUUUGUAGAGUUUGAACUGUAUCAAUCUUAACUGGGAUUUUUAUUCAAAGACGGUCAAUAAUCAUUAAUUUUGUUUCUUGCUAGAGACUAAUAGCAUCCAUUAAUAUUAGUAGAAGACUAUGAUGAUUUUGAUUUCGUUGAAUGGAAGAAUAAUUUAUGCAUUUAAAGUUUCAAAAUCAAGAAUGAUAGAGUAAAAAUAUAAAGUGUACGGUUAAGCUUGAAAGAUGAAAAUAUUCUUAAAAACAUUACAAAUGCUUCAUUUCACAUAGAAAUGUUGAAACCAAAUUAAAGUUUAGAAAAUAAAACGACUACUUAUAAUCAAUUUCUAAAGAUUAAGUUUGCAGUAAUGAAUAAAAAUAAUUUGAGGAUGUGUAUUGGACUUAAUACUGAACCUGAUAAAUUUUACCUAUUCUUGAUAGAUGUGUAUCAGACUAAAAGUUUAAGAAAUGCUUUAAAAUCGACAAAUGUUCUUAGAGGAUUUUAUGAAUUAGGCAUAGGCUAAUGA